UCCAAACAAACCCAUCUCUCAGUUUGCCCGCUUCCAGAAAAUACUCGGAGUUUUUUUCACCCCUUCAACUGGUUUUGCAAGUUCAAGUAUAUGUUCCUGUUAAGUUUUUGUCCAAAUCUUCUAUUUCUUCUUCUGAUCUUUUUUUACAUUUUCAAGUUCUCUUCAGAUUUCUCAUUUUCUUGGUUGAAUUUCAUGGCUAUUAAAGGAAAGAUAAAACUUUUAGGGCAUAAGUAUUCACAAGCUAUUGCUCUGUACACACAAGUGAUUAAGUUGAACAGUGAGAAUGUGGUGUACUAGGCUAAUCGUAUGUUUGCUCACAUCAAAUUGAAGGAAUAUUGCAGCGUAAUAGAGGACGGAGCUAAAGCUAUUGAAAUUGUCCCCAGAUAUUCAAAGGUUGAUACGGGUGCUGUGUGCUUAAUCUCUGAUGGGUUGUGAUCGGGGUUGCAGGGUUAUUAUAGGCGAGAGGCUACAUAUUUGGCAAUGGGAAGUUCAAAGAUGCAUUCAAGAAUUUUCAACAGGUUGGUAUUAUUUUUUGAACAUCUUAAGUUGUAUCAGCUGCAUAUUGCUGGUGAUAAUAAAAUUGUUCUUAUUUUUUAUUUUAAAGCGUUACUACAAAAUAUAUCUUGAGAAGAACAUUGCUUAUGUAACUAGCUACCACAUUUAGAAGAGAAGAUAAUGGCAUGCCAGUAACAUUGUUCGUGCAUUAUGUUAUUUGUGACCUUUAAGAUUCCUUGUAUUAUAGAAGCACAAGUUUGAUGGUAGAUCGACAUGUCUGUUUUUGCUGAUUAAAUUUCAGUUUGAGGCUAUUUGUGUCAUUUUAUCCUUAGCUUUUCAAGGGUAAGUGUACCACCAUUGGACUUACGUGGUUUCUGCUUCUGCUGCCAACACAAUUUAUCAGCUACGUGGCACCUCUUCAAGCUACAGCCACCUUAUAGAUGGAUUAACAAGGGCUCUUCAUCUUCUUUUCCAGUACUCUUUCCAGUUCCAUGUCUGUUUCUCAGUUUGGUGUCAUAAAUUUUCAAGUUAGCUACUCUUUCAAUUUUGGGCUAAUCUUCUUUAUCCUUUUUGUAGGAUGCUCUUCGACUGACUUUCACAGAUUUUCUUAAUCUGAUUAGGCUGGUUGAGUUGAAGAAGAAAAUAGAUCUCUUUUUACUCCACUUCUUUGGUUCGGAAGAGCUUCCUAUAUCCACAACUUUGUUAGAUGCUGGAAUUAAAAAAUGGCAUGCUUUUUCGCUAGGAAUUUCAUAAUUAAUAAAAGUACCUUUAAAUAAAAAGAAAUGGAGUAAAAAGAGAUCUAUUUGGUCAUGACCUUGCCCGUGAAGAGGAGUCGUUUCCUCAUUUGGGUCAUGAAUUUUGCAAGAAAUGGGAAGGACGAUGAAGAUGAAUCACAUGAUUCCAAAAAAGAAAUCAAGGCUUCCAAAAAUUGCUGAUUUUUGGUUUGUAUAAAUUCCAUCAAAUUUCAUUUGUUGGUGUUUUGUAUUUUCUGGCUGCAUGUAUGGAUGAUCGAUUGCUUUCUCUUUUUUUGCUCGAGUAUGUGUGAAUGAUUUUUUUAGCACUAUAUUGGAUUUUCUGCUUGCUUUAUUUCAGUUUUCAGUCUGUGCUGUUAUUCUUGUGCGUGUUCAGCCUGGUCGACUUCGGUAAGUGUCGCUCUUCUGUUGGUUUUAAUUUUUCUCGGUUAGCUUCUUCGCGUUAAAAUGUCGAGUUUCCAACGUGUAUGGUGCUCUUUUCGCUGGUAGGACAUCAAGAUUUGUUUGAUCAUCUUGGAUAUGCCCAUCUCCUUAUUUGUUCAUUUUUUUAUUAGUGUAUAGAAAUCGUAUGUUUAUGUUUAUUGGAGUUGUUUCUACCUGUGUGAUAUGUACCCGUAAAAUUAAACUUAUAUCACCAUAUAACCAUACUAAAUAGUAUUAAACUUAUAGCUGAGUGAAAAUUUACAUUUCGCUCCAAUAUUAUAUUUCAAAAAGAGUUUUUUUUUUUUUGCUUAAGUCACUUUUUGGUGUUCUGCUGAGGAGACCAUAGAUAUUAAUGCUUUUGUGUAUAUGGGAAUUUGGUAAAUAGUUUUGAGGGUCAUUUGAUUGGAUAAAGUUUGGACUUUUAGUGCUUAAGGAGUAGUGUGGGGUUUAUAGAUUUGAGUAGAAAUAGUUAAUUGAACUUUGUUACAUGAUAGAGAGGACUCAUGGCCACCUGAGGAGUAUGAAAUUGGCAAGUUCGUAAGUUUUGAUUUUUGUUAUUUGUUUCUUGAGUUUACUGUAACUUUAUUUGUGAUGAACAAAGUUUUGCUGUUUUAUUCCAUGGAAAAUUGGGGGACCAGUUGAAUGUACUUGUGAAUAUAUGCUGAACUUAAAAGCCAAAAAUCAUAUUUCACCAUGCCAAGGAAAAUGCUGUGAAGGAAGUUUGAAGUUUUAAUGUAGUGAAAUAAUGUUUUUUCCCGAUGUCUUCAUUUUGGUCUUGCAAGCAUAUCUCAUUUUCUCUCUCUUUUAGUUUAUGCUGUUUUUCAAUUUAACCACCAUCUCAAGCUUGGAGAAGCAAACUAAACUGCCAUUCUAGCAAAUUAAAAGAAUUUAGUGUCACAUUCACAGAAGCGAUAAAAAUGGUACGCAAGUCUUUUCUAGGCUUUUAGCACUUUAUUAGAUAGGAUGUUCUCCUGGAUUUUGAAUUGUCGCUUUGCCUUGUAAUCUUUUGUUUAUUUUUUUCCAUUUUAAGGUUCGGCUUGGUAUAUGUCUAUGACAUCAUCUUUAGAAGAUGUUUCGGAAGUUCGUGUGUGCAUCUUUAUCUAUGUGUUUGGUUACUGUUUAUCAUCUUCGGUUAUUUAGUGUUUUUCAGCUUGGCUUAUUUAAAGGCCAAAUGGACAGGAAAAAGAAGGGUUAUAAAGAGUCAACUUUCAACUCAAGCAUUACUGGAUGUUCAGAUCCCUGAAGUGAUCUUACUGAAUUAUAUAAAACUUUAUGUUCUGUGUAGAAUAAAGAUGAUGUUUGCUUAAGCAUAGCGUCCUUUAUUACUUUUGGAAGUAUCAGUAUUCUUUGCACUUGCAAGAAUGUGUGUUUAGCUACUACGUCAAACUUAAAAUCUGCACAUAAUUCUUAAUGCAGAAAUGAGGAAUGUUUUGGUGUUCUCAUGAUUCUUCUCCAGGUAGUUUUUGAAUCAGGCCACAAUUACAGCUGCCACUGACGACUGCCAACAACAUGGUGGAUGGUUGCGAGGGUGAUGCAAACAACAUGGUGGAUGAUUGCGUUACCGCGUCACCUUUUAUCAAUACCAGCUUUUGUCAAUAUGUAAAUUCCAUGUAAACAAUUUCAAUUAUGCAGUGCUUUCUCCACCCGACUUUAUAUUACCCGUUGAGAAGUUCAAAACUAUAUUCACAUAAAAAUAUAUUUCAGCACAAAGGGUUUAUUCUUUGCGUUAGCACCUCUAGUUACGGAGAAUCAUCAACAUGUUUAACGGUAUACAAAGAAGGCGGUGCACCUGCCGUAUUUCAAUCCCCAAAAUGCCCUCGAUGGAAGCUUCCAGAUUAUGGUUCCGAUCAAUGGUCGAAUGGUAGGUGUCAAACUGCGUUGCAUCGAGGUCGCCGUAAAUCUCAAGAAGAUCGAAUUCUAUGUGCCCUCGAUAUUCGUAUCCCUUUCCCGGGUGGUAAUGGAAUUACUGAGGUUACUGUUGGCGUUGUUGCAGUUUUUGAUGGUCAUAACGGUGCUGAAGCAAGUGAAAUGGCAUCAAAGCUAUUACUACAGUAUUUCACAUUGCAUACAUUUUUUCUUCUUGAUGCAACAUUUUCAGUUCUUUCAAGGAAAAUGAUUGGGCUCUUGCCAAAUGAAAGAGGACAGAGUACUCUUCGAGACCUGAACGGGAAGCUGGAUGAGUUGAACUUUGGGAGGCUCAAGCUGACUGUUUCAUCAAUCAUUGAACAAUCUUUUCACCUGGAGAUAUUGAGGGAAGCAUUGCUAAGGGCAAUCGAUGAUAUUGAUUCUGCAUUUUCAAGGGAUGCGUUCAGACACAAUUUUGAUUCUGGUUCUACUGCCACAGUUAUACUUAUGGCAGAAAAUCAAAUUUUAGUUGCCAAUAUUGGAGAUUCAAAGGCAUUUUUAUGCUCUGAAGAAUUUAAAUCUCAAGAAGAGGCUAAAGCUAAUUUGUUGAGGUUAUAUAGGCAAAAUAGAGGCUUUGGAAUUUUCGAACCUGUGAAGAACUUCCGAAGCUUCAAGUUAGCAGCUCCUGACCAGUGGCCUUUCUUGAUUGCUAAUGAACUGACUAGAGACCACCACCCAGAUAGGGAUGAUGAGAGGUCUCGAGUGGAGACCGCAGGAGGACAUGUUUCUAAAUGGGGUGGCGUAGCUAGGGUUAAUGGUCAAUUGGCUGUUUCUAGAGCAAUAGGUGAUGUUUAUUUUAAAAGUUAUGGCGUUAUAUCUGCUCCUGAAGUCACUGAUUGGCAACCUUUGACCGGCAACGACUGCUAUUUGGUGGCUGCAUCUGAUGGCGUUUUAGAAAAGCUUAGCUCACAGGAUAUUUGCGACAUAUUGUGGACCUUACAUGCUGAUUUCUCUGUACGAUCAGAACUCGUUUAUUCAUGUUCAUACUCCUUAGCUGAUUGCAUAGUGAAUGCUGCUUUUGAAAAGGGUAGUAUGGAUAACAUGGCAGCUGUUAUCCUUCCAGUUAGAUGGAAUGGUUCAACGCAGACAGUAGUGAAGAAAACACAUGCAGGAAUUAGAAAAUUCGAUUGCUCAUCUUCAGGAGAUAGUAAUUAUAUUUCUCAACACUCAGUGCUUAGCGGGGAGGAGGAUGGUCAUCCACCACUUGCUUCCAAUUUUGGCAGAUUAUUGGUUGAAGGAAAGCACAGCGGUUUUGGAUGUUUCUAUCUGUCUGAGAACCUUGAUGUUAACGAUGAGUAUACCUUCUGGGUUCAGAAGGACAUUGAUGAAUAUGAGCAUGAGCUUCUCCAUGCUUUACCUGAUAGCAUUGGGCAGAGUUCUGGUGGAGCUCUGGAUCUAUAUAAUGAUCAGCACAUGUGCGUGCACUUUGGGAUGAACUUUAGUGAUAAUGAAGAUCAGUGCAUUAAUCCUGAAGGCUUUGCUAGGUUCCUUGGUUUGCUUGAAUCUAUUCCAUUCAAUGAUAGCAGUACAAGUGAUCAUGCCAGAGCAGAUUCAAGGUACAUUCUAAAGAAGAAAUAUGAUCGUGGAUCUUAUGGUGAAGUUUGGCUAGCUUUUUAUUGGAAUUGUUCUCAUGUCAUCAAGUCUCCAAGAAGUAGCAACUUUUCAGCUAAUACUAUGGAUGAGGGGGCCAAUAAUGAAAGAAGGAAGAAUCCAUCAUCUGCUGAUGUCUGUGAUGAUGGCCCUUCUGAAGGCAGCAUGUUCAUUUUGAAGCGUAUCAUGGUAGAGAAAGGCACCUCUGUCUAUUUAAGUGGGCUACGGGAGAAAUAUUUUGGUGAACUCUUUUUGAAUGCUCAUACUGUUCUUGGUGGUUCACUACAAGCUGAAGAUUCAAAUUCCCUCUUGCUAAAUAUAAGACCUGAUCUGCAUGAUCCUGUGGAAAUAAAUGAAUCAGCGGAUCUAGGAAGGCGGAGAACCUUGAGGUUCAACAAAGUGCAUGGUAAAAAGGAGGACAUGCUGAGAGCUGCCUUUGAGGAUGGUCUUAAUCACAUUGCCAGAUAUGUGGAGUCUUUCGAGUCUCGAUCCAAUGAGAUAUGGCUUGUGUUUCGUCAUGAAGGGAGAUCCUUAUCAAAGCUUCUCUAUACAGCUGAAGAAGUGAUAAAUAAUUCGGAGGGAGGAAAUGAAAAUAUAAAGCAUAUUCAGAUAUUACAUCCAUCAAAAUGGUGGAAAUGGUUGAAAACAACAGAAGCAGGGCGAGAGGAAACGCGUAAUCUGAUUUGGCAAUUGUUGAUGGCACUUAAGUCUUGUCAUGAUCGCAAUAUCACCCAUAGAGAUAUAAAACCUGAGAAUAUGGUCGUUUGCUUUGAGGAUCAAGAUUCUGGGAGGUGCUUGAAAGGGUAUCCGAAUGAAGAUAAGAGUUAUAUAACUAAGAUGCGUAUUAUUGACUUCGGUAGUGCGGUGGAUGAGUUCACAUUGAAGCACUUGUAUGGGUCUAUUGGGCCUUCAAGAGCUGAACAAACGUAUGAGUAUACUGCACCUGAAGCUCUUUUGAAUGCAAGUUGGUACGAAGGGCUGACUCCCACCACCAUGAAGUAUGAUAUGUGGAGUGUUGGUGUAGUGAUCUUAGAACUGGUUUUGGGUACGCCAGACGUGUUUCAGGUGAGUUCUAGGACACGUGCUCUUUUGGAUCAGCACCUGGAGGGUUGGAAUGAAAGCUUGAAGGAGCUUGCCUACAAACUCAGAUCUUUCAUGGAAAUGUGUAUUCUGAGCCCUGGAGUUACCUCAAAACUUCAUGAAACUAGAUCAAAAUAUGACCAGGCCUCAGCUUCACCAGCUCCAUGGAAAUGCUCUGAAGAGUUCUUUUCCCGUCAAAUAAAAAACAGGGAUCCUCUGAAGAUAGGGUUCCCAAACAUAUGGUUACUGCGACUAGUACGUGAAUUAUUACAGUGGAAUCCUGAAGAUCGACCAAGUGUUGAUGAGGCUCUAAAACACCCAUACUUCUCGCAAAGGUGAUAAAAAUAUACCAGGGAGGAAUACCUGCUCCCAUACGAACAGCUAAAAGACAACACAACCUGCACAGCUUUACCCCAGGUCUAUGAUUCGGAUGACUUGUGGCCAUCCAUAUGGAGAUGGUUGUCUACGCCCGUUCUACAAAACUCUAUCUUGAAAUGGCCUAAUAGGACCCUGGGCUUCACAAGUGCAGCUUAUGGUUAUGUCGUUGUAACUUAUUGCCUGGUGUAUAAGCAGGAAGAAUAGAGAAAUGGGCAGCAAAGAAUGAAGAGCUGGGAGAUUGUGGAUCUUUCAUUAUUUCUUUACAUUGCAGCAUGAAAUUUCAUGUGACCAAUAUUCUACUGUCCAUUCUUUGGGAGGAUUAGCAUGCCAUAUCUUAUCGGAUUUAAGUUAUAUACACAGAUGGUCUUAACGUUUAUAUAAAAUCAUUGUAGUUUAACCGGUUAGAGUUAACACAAAAUGUCAUAAACACUAUAUAAAGCAAUGGCAACCUUCAUCUUUUGGAAG